UUUUUUUUUUUUUUUUGGGGAAAAAUAUUUUACUUUCAACCGGCGGUGAGUCGGAGUCAGCAUAUGCUGGGUCUCUAUGGUUGCACGAAAAUACCCUUCAGUGGAAGGGUAUUUUAGUCAUUCUAGAGAAAUUUGUGUGCCACCCUCGGAAACUGUCCAGUCCUCCACCAAUUCCUUGUCGGGGUCAAUACUUCUUGGGCAUCAACAUGGAAUUUGUCAAAAUGUCGAAACUCUCCCUGGCUAAAGUCAAACUGUUGGGUAUGCUACAUGUGCCUUUUGGUCAUAAAGGCAAAAAAGAAAAAAAAAAAAAAAAAAAAGAAAAAUUGGUGACCUGCUUUAUCGGUGGCGUGUUCUCAUGGCAAAAAUAGGACUGCGUUUGGUUUGGUGAAGUGUUGGUAGUGGUUGUGCACUUUUAUGUUGCCGUGGGGAGACAAUCAUUGUGUGUGAUAAGCCCCAGUUUGGUUGAACAUGCAGCCUCACAGUAAAACUCUUUGUAACACUGCUUCUUCUUUGUAGUUUUCGCGUUAGACAACAUUGGUGGUGUUAGACAACAUUGGUGGUGGAGAAGAUGUAAUUGGAAUAAAGACAAAUAAAAAAUUGUCACUUACUGGAUCUGUAUGAAAGUUUAGAUCGCCACCUUCCUUUUUUUUUAUAUUUUAUUAUUAUUAUUUUGGCAGAACAGUAGAUGGUGAUAAUAGAAAGGUUAAUGUUUGGAUCAAAACGGCACAUGUUAGUUUGUGAUUGGGGUUGUGAUGCCUUUUUGAAUGACAGGCUGUCAAACUAGCAUUUUCAUUUUAUGUUUUGUGGGGUCUAGAAAGUUGGAGGUAAUGAGGUCAAAUAAAUGUUUCAUGUAUGGGUUGAAACUUGAAAGUUUGAAAGUUUGAAGGGGAGAGGAAAAAAAAAAAAAAAAAAAAAAACAUUUUUUUAUUUUUUCUUUUUUUCUUAAGGAGACAAAAGUGCUUUUUUGGGGUUUACAAUGGGUGAGAAAGGCACUGUAUAAGUAGAGGAUGUAGCCUGUAGGUAGUGGUGGUGGUGGGGACCAAAAUUGGUCACCAAAAUUUUUAAUGGUAUUGUUUGCUGACCUGUUGGUGAUUGGUAUGACAAAUUCCUUUCCUUUUAGGUCUUAUGUCAAAACUAACAGCAUCAAGUUUCUUUAGGAAAAAAAAAAAAAAAAAGAGGAGAAAAAAGCAAACUUUAUUGUGGAUUAACAAGAAGCCCAACUUAUGAACUUUAUAGAUCAGGUUUCUGUUAGGAGGGAAGCAACCACCUCCAAGAGGCCGAGGAAGAAGAAGACAUUAGCUCAACUUAAAGAGGAGGUGAAUGCGCAAAUGAGGGAAAAGAUGGAUUUGAGAAAUGAACUAGCAGCUUUACGUCUCACUUAUGAGAAAGAAACCGCCAUAAAUGAAAGGUUGAAGAGAUUGCAGCAGUCCCAGCAGACAAUGAAGAGCCUUGCAACUGCUGCUGCAUCUGGCGAUGCCAUUUCUCACCAACUUGAGCAAGUUGUUGCAGUUUGUGAGCCUACUACCGUCUUGCCAAGUCAUGGCCACCCUGACAAACCUGAUUCUCUAGAACAAUUAUGCCCAUCAAACGAGUCUUGCAAAUUACAGGAAGCUGAAAAGAAAGUGAGUGCCUUUACGCUACCUGACCUAAAUCUUCCACUGGAGGAGAGUGUUGCCUGUUGACGUUUGACAACAUUUUAUGGGAAAAAAAAGUAAGAAGAGUCAGCUGUAUACUUAAGCUUGUGAAGGAUAAGAUGUAUAUUGAUAUUCAGUUUUUCAAAUUAUAUGCGGGAUCAAGAUUAUCAACGAAGCAGGGCACUUAAGCUAAAUAAGGUAGAAUCCAUCCAUCUAACUUUGUUAUAGGUUGAGAUAUCUUAUAAUUGUAAUUACAGAACCAAUUAAGUUUAAUCACACAUCUUGAUGUGAGUCUGGAAGUUGCUUUUUUUCCCAUAGAUGAAGGGACUGAGGAUAGUGUAGAGAUCCUAACCCAGUUAGUUUUUAGUUUUAUUCUUCCUUGAUAGGUUUCUACAUUGUCCAAUAUUCUUUGGGGCUGAUCCUCAUUUCCUUCUGUUUCAUUUUUAUUUUUCUCUGGAAAUAUGAAUUAAAUAGACUGUAAUUUUAAUGAAUAAUCACAUGUUUUGGUACCUUCAAUAGCAAAUUCCUUAAGAGUUAUUUGUUA